AUGGACGACUCGACUCCAGCACCCGCGCAGCCACCACAGCAGCAGCCCAAACGCCCUCGAGUGGCCGAAGAGAAUCGCAAGCGUGCUGUCCGAGCAUGUGACGGCUGUCGCAGAGUGAAAGAGAAAUGCGAGGGCGGUGUACCGUGUCGCCGAUGCCUUCGCUAUCGUCGCCAGUGUAUCUUUACACAUAUAGAUCCUGCUGAGAAGAGCCGGUCGGCUUCUGUCUCGCUGCUUGAGCGAGCUGCGUCUCUGAGUCGGCAUGAUAUUCAAGAGGCAGAGCGGGUGCGCUAUAUGGAACGCAUUCUGUCAUACUAUGUCCCAAAUAUCACCUUCGACAUUCAGUCACUGCGUCAAGCUGCGGAAGAGUUGAAAAGCAAACACCGUGACUCGGAGUCGGAUGUACUCUCGAUGAAAGCUGAUGCGAAUGAUUUGGAAGACUUGGCAAUUGAUGAAGAGGACUUUACAAUUAAGGCUCUUCCCGACAACACGACUCAAUACUCUGGGGAGUUCUCCUACCUCAAUUUCUCUAACAAGAUUAGGAAGAAAAUCGAUGAGUGGAUGAAGACUGCAGCACCGGAAGCUUCUACUGAAGUUGAACCAUUUGAAGACCGAUGGCGGGCCACCCAACUUCAAUCUGGAUCGUCAUUAGUCUCAGCCUCGAUAACGUGUCUCCCUCCACGCUAUGUGGCAGAUUUCUUGGUGCAGAUCUUCUUUAAAUAUGCACAGACAAAUAAUUUCUACGUCGAAGAGGACUGGCUUCAGGAGAAAGUGAAUAUCUGUUAUACUAAUCCCUCCAGUCUGUCCUCUGACGAUGCAGGCGCAGUUUGUGCUCUGCUGAUGGUAUUGGCUGUUGGUACACAAUUUGCACAUAUGGAAUCAACCACGCCGGUAAAUCGCCCGCCUCCAACCGCAAACACCGACCAGGAUCACCAUUUCUCUGAAGACGAGGUCGGCCUCACAUUCUAUCAAUUCGCUUCCAAGCUGUUACCAGAUAUCAUUGCCACGGCCUCAGUGCGAAGUGUGCAAGCUUGCCUUUUGAUCGGGACAUAUUUGCUUCCCCUUGACACUUCGGGUCUGUGCUACACCUACUUUGGGUUGGCUUUGAAAUUGGCCAUCCAGAACGGCAUGCAUAGAAGGUAUCAUGGCGAAGGGCUUUCCGCUCGAAUGAUAGAGACGCGAAACCGAGUGUUUUGGACUGCUUAUACGAUCGAAAAACGCAUCAGCAUCCUGCACGGCCGACCAGCGUCCCUAGCAGAUGUAGAUGUUGAUGCACCGCUUCCGGUGGAUUUCCCUGGUAUCAUGCCAGCAGCGCAGCAGUCCAAUCACACAAACAUGAUCGCCCUGAUUACUCUCACUUUGAAACUCGGAGAGGUUUCGAAUGAGAUUUCGUCGCUGCGGACCUGUCGAAAGGGGCAACAGCAAGACUGUCUUGAACGACUACUCAAUAUUCGAAAACACUUGGUAGAAUGGUGGUCGACACUCCCAGAGGAGACAAACUGUCGUGAUCUCAACCCAGCUGGGCCAUUAUUCCGCUCCAAUGUCCACCUCAAGCUUGAUUACUGUCUUACUCGGAUCUUCAUCGGGCGCCCGUUCCUUUUCAGUAACAUCAAGGGCUUGUACCAAACUUCCACCCACGCGGCCGCAUUAAAGGGCCCAUCUGGAAUGGCGAAGAAUCGGGCGACUCUCGUCACGGACUGUGUCGAAGCAGCUCUCGAAAUCAUCGACCUCUGCCGCCUUCUUCGAGAUGAAACCGGCUUGGCGCGCGCCUCGUUCACUGAAUUCAGUUCGUGCCGUGCAGCUCUCCUGGUCAUCCUCGCUCAAGGCUUGACUAAGCGCACUGAGCGGCUUGGUGCAGCUCUCGACCAAGGCAUUUCCCUGAUCAAGAUCAUGUCCAUGGGUGUUGGCUCCGCACGUUCAGCUGUGAGUGUCAUUGAGGCCCUCGAACGUGCCAUCCGUCGUCUCGAACUAUGGAGCGAAAGCCAUCAAUCCCAAAGCAAUGGUGGCAGCAUUGAAUCUGCCUACGAUCGCUUCAAGAACUGGGAAAUGCUCUGGAAAACCGGACCCGUGUCACCGACAACCAUGGCAUGGAAGCGAGAGGCGUAUGCCAACGAUUCUGCUCUCCAACAAGCCAUGGGCCACCAUCCCCCUGAUCCUUCCGUGGCGGAAUCUGUGAUGCAAGGAGUACCCAUCACGCCUCCAGUUUUGCCACCAAAUAGUGCGCAUGGCUCCCACUCGGCCCUGGGCGGCCACGAGCACGAGAUCAUGGAAGGUGAUAUUCCUGGCAGUAGUCUUUCGAUUCCGGAUAACUACUCUGUGUCGCAUCAGUCUCUUUCACAGAUGCCUCAUUUCGGAUUUGACCAUUUCGUCUCGAAUUUCCCACAGGAGUUGGGCGAAUUUACGGCUAUUCCGUGCUUUGAGCCAGAUACACAUGGAAACCCGAGCGGUCUUCCAGUUGGUACAGAUUUGAAGACUCCUGGGAGUACUGAUUCGCAUUGGUUACAAUAUAUGAACGAGUGA